AUGAUACUGCUGCGAGCAGCGAUCCUGCUCUUCGUCCCCGGCAUCCUCAAGUGCCUGGAGAAGCCAUGGGCCCUCAAGAACGCGACGGUGGCGAGCAUCAUGAACUCCUCCGACUCACGGCUGGAAGCAACCCUCGACGGAGACGACAGGCCGCAGAAGCAGAAGGACAUCUACUCGCAGGAGGAGUACGUGCAGGCCUCAGCCGAGACCGUCUCCAACCCGGGGCCCCAGCCUGGGGAGCUCUUCGAUGACGAGGUGGCCGACCAGCCGUACCACCUCUUCGUGGACCUCGGCCACCCCUACUCCAUCCGGCUGCGGAACCUGCAGCUUGUAGCGCCGCGCAACGCGAGAGCCGACGUGCACGGCCUGGUGCGCUCGUCCCUGUCCAAGGCGUUCGACCGCCUCUACACCAAGCACAAGGCGAGCUUCGGCGGCCUGCUGCGCGCCGCCAUCGCGCUGGUGACGUUCGUGGUCAUCGGCCUGUUCCAGAGGAGCCACCGCGGCGUGUACGACCGCGCCGACGUCGUCGACCUACGUCCUGCUCGGCUGCACCGCCGCGCUGGAGUUCGUCUCGGCGUGCCUGGUCCUGGCGUCGGGCCUGCCGCCGCCCGACGAUCGACCAGCUCGCCCAGUACAACCUCGUCGGCUACCUCGCCCGCAACGAGAAGCACCCAUGGUUCUGGGGGCUCGCCCACCUGCUGGGGGCCAGGGUCCAAGCAAACCAAGCAACAGCUGCCCGAGCCGUCCCUCGGCGUCACCAGGCUCGUCUACGACCACGUCGCCGGCGGGUGGAAGGAUUACAUAUUGAAGCCUACUCCAACUGCCAGUGUGGGAGCCUACCGGCAGUUCAACGACAUCCGCGGCCAGCGGACUCUGGACAGGGAGGGAUGCCGCGGCCGGAGGGCCAUCGAGGAGAGCCUCCGGAUGCCCUUCGACGACAGCGUCCUCGUCUGGCACCUCUCCACGGAGUUCUGCUACUUCGACCACGUGGACACCGGCAACGACGCCACCCGCCACAGCAGGAUGGUGUCCAACUACAUGGCGUACCUGCUGUUCGUGAAGCCGGAGAUGCUGAUCCCUGGUGCAAGGUGCAGGCUCUUCAGGGCAACCUACCACGAGCUCAGUAAAAUGCUCAAGCUGCCGCCAGAGGAUGAGGAAACGGCAGAGGUAGAGCCGACGGAGAAGAAAGCACCUCCACCAAGGGCCAGGAACGAGAUGGUGCGGAAGGUGAUCCAGAAAGUGAAGCCCACCAUCGGUCUCGGUCUCAGCUCGGAAGAUCUUGUUCACAAGGCCUGGGCGGUCGCCCACGAGCUCAUGGAAUUUGCUGAGGACAAGAAACAGGACUUCAUCCAGAAGUGGAAGAACUUAAGGGCGGUCGUGCGUUCUGCCAGGGAGAAGGCAGACCAACUCAUCAUCGACGUCGAUAACAACAACAAGGCAGACCAACUCACGGAGGGCGGCAAGAAGACUUUCAAGGAGAUGGCGGCGGUGUUCAUCAGCGAGGCAGAGAACUUCAUCAGCGAGGCAGAGAACUUCAUCAGCGAGGCAGAGAAGUUCAUCAGCGACGAGAGAAAAAAGAAGCGAACGAAGGAGGAAGAGAAGAUCACGGACCUCUUGGAAUCUGCCAAGAAGAUGGCAGAGUUCGUCCAGGAAGAGGAGAAGACGGUGGUCGCGGUCAAGGAGUUCACCAAGACGGCUGAGGAGGUCAUCGAGCAGGUGGGAAAGGAGGAGAAGCUCAAAGACCUCAUGCUAAUGAUUCGAGGCAAGGAGCACGCGGAUGACAAGAUGUGGGCGGUGAUCCAGGGCUUGUGGGUGGAGAUGCUCUGCUUCUCCGCCGGCCGCUGCCGCGGCCCGCGGGUACCUGCAUGCCAAGAGCCUGGGCAAAGGCGGCGAGUACCUCUCCUACGUCUGGCUCCUCCUGUCCUACAUGGGGAUGGAGACCAUGCCGGAGAGGAUGCAGAGGCCGGAGCUGCCCGCGGUUGGGGACACCGGAGCUCUGGUAAAGACACCCACGGAUGA